CUCUCACAAAGUAUAUUUGCUGUUUGCUUAAAUAUUCAAAUUUUUCACAAAAUGGUUUAUGUAUUUCCCUUCGCUGAAAUGUUAUCAGCAGCGACAAAUGGUGGAUAAAAUACAUUUUUAUUUAAAUUUCACAUGGAGAUGCCUGCCUGUGCUUGAACGAUGGCCGCCACAAGAGCUGCUCGCUGUUGCAUGCCUCCCUUGUACAUAAUAAAUAUACACCCUCGUAGAAAAUUUGGAUGCCUGGGCAAGCGCUCUGGGACACCUAGAGAGUUGCAGAGACUCAAAUGUUGGAAUGUACACACUAAAGUAUGUUUUCCCACAAGGGAAUUCUCCACAUCAUUUUGUUUGCCUCGAAAUUCUGAAUCUUCUUCUUCUUUUAAUCCUGCAUGCGAACACAAUGAUGCAGAACUCACCACAGUUCAGUCCAAAGAGAUCUGUCAAUUCCACGAGUCCCUGGAUGCCGCAGACAGUAGUCAGAGUACCAUUGACAAUAGUUGUUAUGGUGUAUGUUCUGAACUGUGGGAUAUACAUUCUUCUACAUCCAGUGUUAGUUUUGUUGACGGAAAUCCGGAAGGUAUGGAUGGAGAGAGAGAAGAGGUUUUGCAUUUAGGUCUUGGGGAUGGUUCUGACAUGAAAAACAAGGAUUUGGGAGAAAAUGUCAAUGAGCUCUAUAAAGUAAUGAAGAUGAAGAGGUCUUCACAUAUUAGAGGAUCUGGUUCUGGAUGUUAUGUUUUAAAUUCUCAGGAUUUAAAACGAAGCAACGAUAAAAAAGACCAUUGGUUCCCAUACAUGGACAAGUUUAAAUCAGGAAAUGUGACACUGUCAAGUUCAGAGAUUAUUCAUGCUCUUGAUCCUUGUAUUGUGGAAACACGAAAACAGAGAAUUAGAGAAGUGGUAUCGAACAGGACCUAUUCUAUCUGUUCGGUAGUGGAGGGAUUGGGAGAUUUUGGCAACAUAUCAGCUGUUUUUCGCUCAGCAGAUGCACUCGGAUUUCAAUCAGUUCAUGUUAUUUCAAAUGGCAGGACAAAAAGAUACAGACAAAAUAGGAAGGUGAGCAUGGGAUCUGAAAAGUGGUUAGACAUUGAACAAUGGGAGACUACACGAGAAUGCUUUGAAGUACUGUGGUUGAGGGGUUACCGGAUUGCAGUUGCAUACAUUGGAAGUGAUACAGUUUCCGUUUGUGACAUGGACUGGACACUCCCUACAGCAAUUGUCUUAGGAAAUGAACACAAGUGAGAGGAGUAUUUAUCGAUUUCAAUAUCCUUCUCACAAAUAUCGAUUGAUAUAUAUAUGCAAGAGGGGAGGAUCAAGCAAUGCCUUGACCGGUCAUGUCUUAUGGAUAUGACCGAUCAAAACAUUACUUGAUCGCACCCUUUGAUAUAUAAUUAUCAAUCGGUGUUUAUUCUAAUCAACAGCCCGAUACUAAUCGGGGUCUACGUAACUUAGUGUUCAAUGCCAAUCGGUAUUCACGUGGCAUGUUAACCGAUGCCAAUCGGUGUUUGCGUGACAUGUUAACCGAUAUCAAUCGGUGUCUAAGUUGACCGAUACCAAUCACUAACUAAUAGUUAUAAACCAAGCGGUGCAUACUUUGCCACCCGAUAACAAUAUCGAUAAUCAUCAUUUGUUUACUGCUGUGAAGAUAUCUGAUAUAAAUUGGGAUACAUGGUUAACCCGAUAAUAAUCGGUGAUCACUGUUAUAAUGCAAACUGAUAUACUAUGCUAUGAUAUGAUUAUCGAUAUUGAUCGAUUAAGUAGAUUGGACAUAUACAACUGAAGAAUGAUCAUCAAAUGAAAUAGCUUG